UCCACGCUCGUCUUGUUCCUUUCGUGCUUCUUUCUUUCCUCCUGCAUUUCCUCUGCUCUCUGCACUCUGCUACUGAAACCCCCGCACCCGAUCGCUUCAAGCGCGACCAUGUCGUCUAGACCUUCCGCUCUCGCCUUCUCUCGCCUCCUGAUCAUCCACAUUGUCGUCCCCCUGCUCGCCCUGGCCAGGGCCUCCGUCCCUCUCGUCCUCGUGCCCGAAACCCUAGUCGGCCUCCCCGGUUUCGACGACGGCAUCUCCCUCCUCGGCGACGCCGCUCUGGUGGCCGGCGGCGGCGGCGGCGGCGGCGGCGGCGGGUCCCACGUGCGGGUCACGCGCCCCUCGGCCUCCAGCUCCGGCUUCCUCCAGUGGCCGAAGCCCUUCCGGUUCGCCGACCCGAGGUCGGCCGCUCCGACGUCGUUCUCGUCCGAGUUCGCCUUCUCGAUCUCGCCCGGCAACGCCGACGGCCUCGCUCUCGUGCUGUUCCCGAGGGAUUUUAGGGUCGGAGCGGAAGCGUUCGGUCUCUCCGGGGAUCGCAGGUUCGUCGGGGUUGAGUACGACGCUUGGAUGAAUGAGGAAGUGGGCGAUGUGAAUGCGAACCAUGUAGGUGUAGAUUUGGGCAAUUUCAGGUCCGUUAGCGUCUGCAAUGCGUCGUCUGUAGGCUUAGCGCUGAGCAGUGGGGAGAAAUUGAAGUCGUGGGUGGAUUACGACGGGAGCUCGAAGAGACUCGAGGUUAGGCUGAGUAAGUUUAGGGAUCCAAGGCCAUAUGAUCCAAUCAUCGCAUACUCGAUUGACUUGUUGCGAAUGUGGAAGGGCGAGGAUGUUUAUGUCGGUAUAAGCUCGGCAAAUGGGAAUUCAUCGCAGACUAUUAGUGUAUACUCAUGGAGGUUUAAGCCUAGGAAAAUUCCGAUGUCGAUGCAUUCUUUGCCUGCUAGACCACACGGCUAUUCUAGCGAGCACGGGAAGCUGCGCAAGAGAGGCAAUUGUCCCUUGGCGAUUCUUGGCAGGGUAAUUUUCGCCACGGGGUGUGGAGCAUUGUUGGCAUUCUUGGGGCUCUUUCUGUGGGCAAUUGUUGCUAAUAGGCACACUGUAUUUCCGGCAGAAUGUCCCGUGCGUCCUGCGGACUUCAAGUAUGAAAAGAUCAAUGUGGUCGCAGGGAAGGACGUCGAAGGUGGUAAGCAUUGAGCUAUGAGCUGAUUGCUUAAUUUUGUACAUGCUAGUCUUGGGUAUUGUUCAUUUUGUGCUUUAUGGAUCUAGUGAACUCGUAGCUCCUUCUGUGAAAGGAAUUACGCGAAUAUGUCUAGGUGUCCACGUAUGAAUAGAAACCGCGGUGUGUAGCUGCUAGUAGUGGGUUUGUGAUCGUGUGAACUGAGUUAUCCUUUCCUUGGGACUAUGCCAAGAGAAAUCAAUGCAUUUUCUGUAGCUGCGGAAAUUUCAUGUUCUUGUUUUCCAUCUG